AGAGAAGUGUUGUGAGAUUUUUAUAGCCCUAAGUUCCUUCAAACAUCCACAUUUACACCCGCACGCACACAAUACUCCCUUCGUUCUGCUCUUUCAGUCAACAUGAGUUAUCCACUGGUUAUUCUGUUCUGCGUGGGAUUACUGCACCAGACUGCAAGGGCCGUUGUCAUGGAUAAACUAUCAGACAACAAGAUUUGUGGAGAUGCAGAAUGCUCAUAUGUUGUCUCCAUGGCCACAGCCUUGGAUGACUUCAUAGCUCCCGACUGCAGAUUCAUCAACAUCAAAAAGGGGCAGAUGAUUUAUGUGUACUCUAAACUCGUACCAGAGGAGGGCGCCGGAGUCUUCUGGUCUGGAAGUGUUUACAGUGAGCGUUAUGUGGACCAGAUGGGCAUCAUUGGAUACUUCCCUGCAACUGUGGUGAAGGAGACACAUAAGUUUAUGGAAGAGACGGUUAAGAUUCCUACAGCUGACAUAGACUUCUACUGCGAUUAAGGCCUGGCAGAAUGAAGCCUUUCUUUCUCUCCUCAAGUCUUGCUUUUAGUAACUUUAGAGUGCAGGCAGUUUUUCUCUCAAGCCAAUACGUCUAACUAUGUGCCAUUAAAGCCUGCGGUAUGAAAGUCUGCACUCUCUCAGUCCUCCCCAGCCCACAGUCUGGCACCCCUGCUGUUAGGUCAGCUAGUCCUUUCUGUUUAUGACAUGUUGCUCAAUAAACCUGUUUUCAU